CAAGCCGUGGGUUAAUUGGGCUUUGAGAACCUUGGGGGUUGCGGAGAGCCCUAAGAGAGCCCUGGGGGUCGCGUCCUCUCAUGCUGCUCUGCUUAUGCUCCCAGAAGCCGGCAAUGACCGCCCGCGCCCUCCUCGCGGGUGGGCUUCGGGACCCCGGGCUCUGCGCCCCCACGCGGGAGGCUCCGUCUCCGCCCGGCCUUCCCCGGACGCCGUCCCGGCCCCGGCCUCUGCUGCGCCCCCUGCUGCUGCUGCCGCUGCUCCUCCUGCCGCGCCCCGCCCUCUCCGCUGUGUUCACAGUUGGGGUGCUGGGCCCCUGGGCCUGCGACCCCAUCUUCGCCCGUGCCCGCCCGGACCUGGCCGCCCGCCUGGCCGCCGCCCGCCUGAACCACGAAGCUGCCCUGGAGAACGGCCCCCGCUUCGAGGUCGCGCUGCUGCCCGAGCCGUGCCGGACGCCGGGCUCGCUGGGGGCGGUGUCCUCCGCGCUCACCCGCGUCUCGGGCCUCGUGGGGCCGGUGAACCCCGCAGCCUGCCGGCCGGCGGAGCUACUAGCUCAAGAGGCGGGGAUCGCCCUGGUUCCCUGGGGCUGCCCCGGAAUGCGGGCGGCGGGAACCACGGCUCCCGCGGUGACGCCCGCGGCGGAUGCGCUCUACGCCCUCCUGCGCGCGUUCCGCUGGGCGCACGUGGCCGUGGUCACCGCCCCCCAGGACCUGUGGGUGGAGGCGGGACGCGCACUUUCUACGGCGCUCAGGGCCCGGGGUCUGCCCGUUGCCCUGGUGACCUCUAUGGAGCCCUCGGACCUGUCUGGAGCCCGGGAUGCCCUGAGGAGGGUCCAAGGUGGACCCAGAGUCAGAGCAGUGAUCAUGGUGAUGCACUCGGUCCUGCUGGGCGGUGAGGAGCAGCGCUGCCUGCUGGAGGCUGCAGAGGAGCUGGGCUUGGCUGAUGGUUCCCUGGUCUUCCUGCCCUUCGACACGCUGCACUACGCCUUGUCUCCAGGCCCGGACGCCUUGGCCGUGCUCGCCAACAGCUCACAGCUUCGCAAGGCCCACGAUGCGGUGCUCACCCUCACGCGUCACUGUCCCACGGGAGGCAGCGUGCUGGACAGUCUGCGCAGGGCCCAAGAGCAUCAGGAGCUGCCCCCUGACCUCAAUCUGCAGCAGGUAUCCCCUCUCUUCGGCACCAUCUAUGACUCGGUCUUCUUGUUGGCCGGGGGCGUGGCGCGAGCGCGGGCGGCCGCAGGUGGCGGCUGGGUGUCCGGAGCAGCCGUGGCCCGCCACGUCCGGGAUGCCCAGGUCCCCGGCUUCUGUGGGGCCCUGGGAGGAGCCGAGGAGCCCUCCUUUGUGCUGCUGGACACGGAUGCAGCCGGGGACCGGCUGUUCACCACAUACGUGCUGAACCCCACCCGGGGCUUCUUCCGCUCUGCCGGAACCCCGGUGCAUUUUCCUAGAGGGGGACGGGGGCCUGGGCCCGACCCCUCGUGUUGGUUCGACCCAGACGUCAUCUGCAACGGAGGAGUGGAGCCCGGCGUCGUCUUUAUCGGCUUCCUCCUGGUGGUUUUGAUGGGGCUGACAGGGGCCUUCCUGGCCCAUUAUUUUAGGCACCGGCUACUUCACAUCCAAAUGGUCUCCGGCCCCAACAAGAUCAUCCUGACUCUGGAUGACGUCACCUUCCUCCCCCCGCAGAGGGGCAGCUCUCGGAAGGUGGCCCAGGGGAGUCGAUGGAGUCUGGCCGCCCGCAGCUUGUCAGACGUUCGCAGCAUCCACAGCCAGAUCCCGGAUUACACCAACGUUGGCCUCUAUGAGGGAGACUGGGUUUGGCUGAAGAAAUUCCCGGGGGAACAGCACAUAGCUAUCCGCCCAGCGACCAAGAUGGCCUUCUCCAAGAUCCGGGAGCUCCGGCAUGAGAACGUGGCCCUCUACCUGGGGCUCUUCCUGGCGGGGGGAGCUGGCGGUGCCGCGGCCCCCGGGGAAGGGAUGCUGGCUGUAGUCUCAGAGCACUGUGCCCGUGGCUCCCUCCAAGACCUCCUCGCUCAGAGAGACAUAAAGCUGGACUGGAUGUUCAAGUCCUCCCUCCUACUGGACCUCAUCAAGGGAAUAAGGUAUCUGCACCAUCGAGGCGUGGCCCACGGGCGGCUGAAGUCACGGAACUGCGUGGUGGACGGGAGGUUCGUGCUUAAAGUCACCGACCACGGUCAUGGGCGACUGCUGGAAGCGCAGAGGGUGUUACCGGAGCCUCCCAGCGCGGAGGACCAGCUAUGGACAGCCCCGGAGCUGCUUCGGGACCCGGCCCUGGAGCGCCGGGGAACGCUGCCCGGCGACGUCUUCAGUCUGGGCAUCAUCAUGCAAGAGGUCGUGUGCCGCAGCGCCCCUUACGCCAUGCUGGAGCUGACUCCCGAGGAAGUGGUGAAGAGGGUACAGAGCCCCCCUCCGCUGUGUCGGCCCUCGGUGUCCAUGGACCAGGCACCCAUGGAGUGCAUCCAGCUGAUGAAACAGUGCUGGGCAGAGCAGCCGGAACUGCGGCCCUCCAUGGACCGCACCUUCGACCUGUUCAAGAGCAUCAACAAGGGCCGGAAGAUGAACAUCAUUGACUCGAUGCUGCGGAUGCUGGAGCAGUACUCCAGCAACCUGGAGGACCUGAUCCGGGAGCGCACCGAGGAGCUGGAGCUGGAAAAGCAGAAGACAGACCGGCUGCUCACACAGAUGCUGCCUCCGUCUGUGGCUGAGGCGCUGAAGAUGGGGACACCUGUGGAGCCCGAGUAUUUCGAGGAGGUGACACUGUACUUCAGUGACAUUGUGGGUUUCACCACCAUCUCAGCCAUGAGUGAGCCCAUCGAAGUGGUGGACCUGCUCAAUGACCUCUACACGCUCUUUGACGCCAUCAUCGGCUCCCACGAUGUCUACAAGGUGGAGACAAUCGGGGACGCCUAUAUGGUGGCCUCAGGGCUGCCCCAACGGAACGGGCAGCGGCACGCAGCGGAGAUCGCCAACAUGGCUCUGGACAUCCUCAGUGCCGUGGGCACCUUCCGCAUGCGGCACAUGCCCGAGGUGCCCGUGCGCAUCCGCAUCGGCCUGCACUCGGGCCCGUGCGUGGCGGGCGUGGUGGGCCUCACCAUGCCGCGGUACUGCCUGUUUGGGGACACGGUCAACACAGCCUCGCGCAUGGAGUCCACCGGGCUGCCUUACCGCAUCCACGUGAACCGGAGCACCGUGGAGAUUCUCUGCGCCCUAGACGAGGGCUUCCAGACCGAGGUGCGGGGUCGCACGGAGCUGAAGGGCAAGGGCUGCGAGGAAACGUACUGGCUGGUGGGCAGACGCGGUUUCGACAAGCCCAUCCCCAAACCGCCUGACCUGCAACCAGGGGCCAGCAACCACGGCAUCAGCUUGCAGAGUAUCCCGCCUGAGCGGCGCCAGAAGCUGGAGAAGGCGAGGCCGGGCCAGUUUUCCGGAAAGUGAGGCUGGGCCUGGGACAAGGAUUAUUCCAGAAGGUCCUUUUCCUGAAAGUUGCUGCUGUAGGUGACCAAAAGUCUGGCUAAUACCAGUGGCUUCCGUCCAGCUCUGCCUCAAAGGAUUCUGAGCCUUUGCAAGAGCUGGUUGCAAACCAGCUGUGUGACCCUGGGAAAGUCUCAUGCACUCUCUGGGCUUGGUUUCCCCUCCAUGGUAAAAUGAAGAGUGGCCUACCUAGGUGGUUUCCAUACCCUCCGGCCCUGACAGCUGGCCUUCAGAAUGGUUGGCCUUGGGGUACAGGGCACUGGGCACGUGGCCUCCAGCCCCAGUGACCCUGAGCCCAUCAGAAAGGCCCCAGGAAGGAGGAUCUGGGAUUGGAUGUCCCAACCCCAGAGGAGGUGGAGACCACCUAUUCCACCAGAGCAGGGGUGUCGUGUGGCCUGAGGAUUUGAGGGCUUCUCCAUCCCCCUCCUUCUUCUGUGGCAUAACCACAUACUUUGCCCAAGUGCAGAGAAAAGCUUGUUUCAAAGCUUAGGGGAAACGAAGGUAAACAAACCCCACGAAACCUCUCCUAACCAGAACACCCAGGAAUAGUAGUAUUCUCUGUUUAACUGGGCGCCACUGAGCAGGCAGUUGAACAGAAAAUCCUCCCAGCUUAGAUCUUUGCGACAAGUAUCAACCCCUCCCAUCCCAGUAAGUCCCCAGGUAAAGCUUCUUUUGUGGAACUCUGAUGUCCCAGAGCCUGAGCCUUGGCAUAUUGGACUCUGGGUGGCCUUCGCCGUUGCUGCAGAACCUGGCAGAAGUUAGCAGCAGCUGUAGCCACGCAGGCUGUCACUAGGUGGUGAGCCUCCAGUCCCUGGAGAUGUGCAAGCAGAACUGGAGACCUCUUUGAGCAGGGAGAGAAAGGUCAGAGGGACUUCCUAGGCGGAAGGAUGAACUAAAUCCUCGCCACACAGUGUGGUAGGUAGGCCAGCAGCAGCGACAUCGCCUGGGAGCUUGUUAGCAAUGCAGAAUCUCAGGCCCAGGCGUAUUGCAACAGAAUCUACACCCUAACAAAGUUCCUUCAGAGUAUUUCUAUGCACAUUAAAGUUUCUGAGUCAGAGAACUAAAGGAUCCUAGGAUCCCUAAAAUCUCAGAACUGCUAAGAUUUCAUAAAAACCAGCCUAGAAACUAGCCCUGAGACUUGUUUCGUUUGAUCAAUGACGUGGUUUUGUUUUUGUUUUGAGCUAACAUUUAGAAAUCAAGAGAUACCACAUUGUAAAAAUGGCUGCCAAAUUUCCCUCUUCUCUGAAAUCAAAAGCCCCACACAGGGGCAAUUGUUGACUUCCUGCUGGAGCAAAAGAGCAACCAUCCCCUCGUUCCGUCUCUCCAGGGUUGCGCUUUUCUGUUCUCACCACGGGGAGUGGAGUGCCCACCACUCCCCCUGGACUCCGAGACACCAAGAUUUUCUGAACAUCUCUUAUGUACCUGUCCAGAGCCUGUAGACGUUAGACCUCAGGACUCUGGAGUAGCUGAUGUUAGGAUUACAGGCACUGCUGGAGAUCGCUCUGCCUGGCUCGUAAAGUCCACAAGUUCAAUGGUCUGCCCCUCCUUCCUAAAGGUAGGGGAAGAACAGACAAGAUACCUAAAAUCCAGCACUUGUAGGUUCUGGUUACUAAGGUGGUGCUGCUAUAGUGAGUAAUAUAGUAUAAUUUAAAGAACAUUUUUAACCGAGUUCAGAGAUGAUGAAUUAAAGAUUUUUUUAAAAACCCUGAUGCACACACACACAAGAUAUUUUUAAAAUUAUGUACAUUCUUAAACAUCUCUCUUCAGAUUUUCUCUGUACUUAGGCCCCAGGAAUCAAGGGCAGGCUCGGAGCUUUGGGAAAGAAUUGGCCUGGGAUUAGGUGCAGGAGGAUUAGUGUGGACAGGCUGGGGCAAGGCACCCCCAGAGGGGGAGGAGUAUGACCUGGGGCCCAAACCCAGUUUGGGGCAGAGGCGGGGCGGGCAGGGCUGAGCGGAUCCCUUCCCACCCUCAACUCAGCCUUGUUCCUGGGACUCAGUCUCAAAGACGAGUGACAGUGGGGAGGAGCUGGUAAAGGAGAGGCCUGUCCUCCUCCCCAGCCAGGAGAAUGCAGGACCACCCGCCCCAGAGAGCUGGUGAGAGAAGAGGAGGGAAACAGCUAAGCCCCAGUCUCCUCUCUGCCCCUAGUCUCCUCUCUCUGCUGGGAAGUUUCUCCUUGCCUUUCUCCUCCAUUUCUGUGGAACCUUUUCUCCUGGGCCCAGUCAGUCUCCUAGAGCCCAGCUGCCCUCAGACCCAAGUCCUCUCCACCUGGUCACCCCUCUUGUUCCGGGGACCCGGGCAAUUCCCAGCCCAGAGAGCACCCGGCUUGGCCACUAGGCACCCCUCACCCUCAGACGUGUUUACACUACCUCGGCCAGCUGGCCUGUGCCAGGAGCCCACGCUCGGGGUGGCCUUGCCUUCGGGAUGGCUCUGUCGCCAGGAGCAGCGCUGGCCGAAGCAGGGACCUCCCGCAGCUCUGCUGCUGCUUCCAUCCCAUAGCCGGGACGCCGCACCCUGACCCAGGGCUCACCUGGCGCCAUUGUCUGUGCUGUUCCUCAGGGUCGGGGCCCUGCUCCCCAUCCCCACCUGCAGUGGACCCCCGACACCCCCCUUUGGGGGACCUGUGACACUGCGUUGUGGGACCGCGUUCACUGAGAUCUGGACUGUGCGCUGUGGACACCAGGCUGUGCGCCGUGGUGCUGGGUCCUGGCAGGGUGGGGGCUGGAA